AUGUUAAAAGAAGCUGUCGAGGGACAGCUGGCUUCUCAAAAGGCACUUCGGAAGGUAGUUGAUCACUUUCCACAAAAUUCGUUAGUCUCUGCGUUCGGCUAUGGGUCGGGCGUUUUUUCACAAUCUCUCAAUGACAAGCAUGAAGGGAUGUUGGACAUCAUCUUGGUAGUGGAUGAUGCCAAUCAGUUCCAUGAAGAAAACAUGGAUCGUAAUCCAAGUCACUAUCCUUCAUGGCUGAAACUAUCUGGAGCGGGCAUGGCGAACAGAAUACAGAGGAAUUAUCCACUGAAAGAUGCAAGGGUGUUUUUCCAAGUAGUGGAUUCUCCUGUUCCAAUGAAAUACGGCGUGGUUCACAAAGAUGAUCUAAUAAGCGAUCUUAUUUUAUGGGAUACGCUCUACUUGGCGGGCCGAUUACACAAACCAACAUUACCAAUCCUUCCAAACACACCAGACGAGAUAUUGGAAGCGCAAUCGCGAAAUCUACAAGCCGCAGUCGCUGCCGCUCUACUCCUCUUUCCAGAAGAGCAGGAAGAAAAACCUAUCGACUGGUCGUCUCUCUUUCGUCAAAUUGCCCGUCUGAGCUACAGCGGUGACUUUCGCACGACCAUUGGAGCGGAGCAUCCAGAAAAAAUAUCCAAACUCGUCGAUGCUCCGGGGCAAUUGCGACGAUUUCAAACGCUAUACGAACCGGUACUCCAACCAAUGGAAGAGAUGGGACUACUAUCCAACUCUACUUCGAAUCUAGAGUGGAAUAGUUCAGAUCAAUCAGCACGAAAAGCUCUUGUCAAGAAACUUCCACCAAACGUUCAAAGUUAUAAGAAUGCAGAUGAUUUGGCAAAGAUGCUGGCGGCAAUUGUUGCUCCUGCUGCAAGGCAUCAAUCCUUCAAGGGUGUCUUCACCUUGGGGUUCCGAAAGUCGAUUACCUAUGCAACUGCCAAGUUACAAAAAGGGCUAUUCCGAAAACGAUAG